AUGGCCCCUUCAAUCAACGACGUGUCUCUGGCCCAAACAACCCUCCCUUCGGCCUGUAAUGUCGGCAUCAACGGCUUUGGCCGAAUUGGCCGAAAUGUACUCCGCGCCGCUCUAGUCCGAUCCGAUAUCCAAGUUGUCGCUAUCAACCACACGUGCAACAACGUCGAAGACCUUGUCUAUCUAAUUCAAUAUGACUCCUCAAUGGGUGGUUUAGACGCACAAACCGACAUCAAAAUAGUCUCCGAGAACCUAAUCACUAUCGAUGGCAAGCGAAUCACUCUUACAUCUGAGCGAGACUUGAAGAAAUUGAACUGGUCUACACUGGGAGUCGACUAUGUCUUGGAAUGCACAGGCAAAUUCACAAAGCGAGACCUUGCUAUGGAUCACAUUACCUACGGUGGUGCUAAGCGUGUACUCAUCUCAGCACCAAGCUCGGACUCACCUACCUUUGUGUACGGCGUGAACUCAGAUGCCUAUAACCCCAGCGAAGAGUGCCGCGUCGUCUCCAAUGCAAGCUGCACAACCAACUGCGUCACUCCAGUCCUCAAAGUUCUUCAUGAAUCAUUCGGUAUUACUCAGGGAUUUCUCACUACAAUCCACGCUGCUACCCGCUCUCAACAAGUUCUGGAUGGUUAUAGCAAGAAGAACCGUCGCUUGGGACGCGGUGUCUUCAACAACAUUAUCCCCACUACCACUGGUGCUGCAAAGGCUGUCGCAUCUGUACUUCCUGAGUUGCAAGGCAGAGUGACUGGUGUCUCGAUUCGUGUUCCGACACCAAACGUUUCCAUGAUCGAUCUUACGGUCAGCACUGACAAGCCCACAUCACUAGCAGAGAUUAUGUCUGCAUUCCGUCGUGCUUCAAAAUCCAGCAUGGUUGGCGUACUUCGUGUGACAGACGAAGAGUUGGUUAGCAGCGACUACAACGGCAGCUCCUACAGUGCCAUCAUUGAUGCUCCUGCCUGUGCAGAGCUCAAUCCUCAGUUCUUCAAAAUCAUGGCUUGGUACGAUAAUGAAUGGGGAUACUCAAACCGCCUUCUCGAUUUAACAACUUUGGUGCAUGACCAUGAGGCUUAA